CGGAUUGGCAAUAUGGAUACUACAGAGCUUCGGGCAAAGUAUGAACGCGAGCAGUGGGAGGAUCAUAUCGCUGAUUUUUGAGAAUGGAGAUUGGGAGUCUUGGGUCCGUUCUCAGCAGCUACACGCUGAGGACCUUGACUGUUCAGAAAACUUACACGGAUGGCGUCCGAACAUGGGAGAGGAGAAACACGCGGCCAAUUACCCUAUAGUUUCGUUAUUAAGGCACCUGUUUUGAUGUUUGUGGUCUUGUCUUGUGUUUACUAUGGCAAUCCAUCACAAUUUUCGCGACGAAGCCAGGCCGAUGCCCCUAGUGUUGUCCGACACCACACUGCCAGACCUCUGCCGCUCGAGCCCGGGACCCCCGAUCUCGCUCGUGUAGAAGAAUCUAACACUCUCACCCCCACCCUGACUGCAUACUCACUGGAUCUAUAUUUAGAUCGGUCCAAAAGCAGGCUUUUUGGCAUCAAACAGACCGGAGGUCCGGCGGUGUGUCUGCCCCUUGAACCACUAAACCUUCGAGCGGCGUUGGGGUGGCGUUGGACUAGUGCCAUACGAAAUAAUCACAAUAAGGCAUCGAGGGUUCAAUGCGACGUACCCUUUGAGUCCUUGGUUCACAUUUUCCCCACAUCCGUUUUAGUUAUAACGGCUUGAUACAAAGAACCCAUGUGAGUACAGUCUCUUGACAC